AUGGAAAAAAGCGAUAUCUAAUUGAGAAUUUAUAAAGAAAAAAUUCUAGAAAGUUUUGAACUAAUUUUGGAAGAAGAAUUGAAAAAUAGUUAAGAGUAAUAAAAUAGUAAAUUUCAAAGUGAUAACUCAAAUAUUAAGUAAUUUAAUAUAAUUCAUUAGGAUAAGAAACAAUAAAAUGACAAGGGGAUUAAGAUAAUUCUAACUUGAAAAACAAUCUAAUGAGCUUUAGGAAGAGAAUUAAAAAUUAAAGAAUGAAAAUUAAAAUUUAUUAAAAUAAAUUUAAGACAUUAAGUUUCAAUCUUAAUAAUAAAUCGAAUCAUUAAAUAGAGAUUUAUAAUAAUAUAAAAAUUAAUUUUAAAUGAAAUAUUAAAAUUAAGAUCAAUAAUACUAAGUAGAAAGAAAAUAGGAAUUUUAAGUUGGAAAUUUAUAAUAAUAAUAAAAUUCCAGAAUAUAAUCUUAAUUAAUAUAAUAAUCCUAAUACUCUACUUAAUGUAUAUAAUAUAAUUAAAUUAAAGUUUAAAAAUAAGAAAAUUAUAAAAAUAAGUGUGGUCAUUACUUUAGUUAUUCUCAAAUUGAAGACUUAGUACAAUAGGCAUUGAUGAAAAAACAAUUAGCAAAGUGCAACUAAUGUUUAAUGCCACUUUAAUCAAAAUUAUGUUUAUUAAUUUAAUCUUACGGAGAAACUUACUUACAAACAAAAAAUUAAUCAGAAUUUUAAUUAUUUUUAUCUGAUUUAGAAAGAAAAUUAAAUAUAAGAGGAAAACUGGUAAAAUGUUCAACAUUAAAUUGUGAUUUCUAUUGUGUUUGGUAAUAAAGAUCAGUUGGAAUUUAUUAUUAGUAAAAGCCAGCAUUCUGCCCCAAUUGUUUAACAUAUUGUGUUUUAAAUAAUUAACAAUAGGCACCACUUUCUUAAACUUAAUAUAGUGAGCUCAUAAUGAUCUAUCCAAGACGAUUGUAAAAAGAUCAGAUGAAAUGA